CCUUGUCGUUUACUCUGCAAUUGUACUCAUUUUCAUUACCAACAAAAACCCAAGAAUCAUCAUCAAAUUUUUUAAAUCUUGGAAACCCCAGAAAUUAUUAACACGAAUUGUUCGGUUUAACAAGAUGGGCGAAGGAAAGGGAAGCAGUCAAUAUGAACACCACCACCAUGAUGAAGAGCAGCCACCGCCGCCGCCGCCGCCGCAGUACGGAACGUUUCAAGGGGUUGCCAACUAUCCUCAGCCGCAGCCGGCGAUGGGGUUCCCCCACCCUGUUGCGCCGCCUGGUGCCUCGGGUCAACCCACUGCUCACUACUAUGCCCAUGGUUAUCAGGCUUCUGUUCCUGGUUAUGCUGUUGUUGAAGGAAGACCAAUAAGAGAGCCUCGUCUUCCUUGCUGUGGCAUUGGAUGUGCGUGGUUCCUGUUCAUAAUUGGCUUCUUUCUUGCUGCUAUUCCUUGGUAUUUUGGUGCCUUUGUUCUACUCUGCGCCAGAUAUGACCACAGAGAGAAACCAGGAUAUGUUGCUUGCACAAUAGCUGCUGUUCUUGCUGCUUUUGCUACCAUAUUUGAUCUGACAUCAGAUAGCUGGUGAUCGAUGCAUAUCUGUUGAAAGCGAGCUAGCUUCCUGUAAAGUCGUUAUUACAGACAUAUGUUUGGGGUUGUAAAAUUAAUUUUAUAUUUAUAUCUAUUUGUUUAUGUACAAACACUUACCUGUUUUGUUGCUAUUUCCUGGCUAUGAAUAACUUUUCGUUUUA